CAGGAUGCUGCGGGCGUGUUGGAGGGCCGGCACACGACCACAGCCGCUGACGGCGCACGACUUCGCCCGCUGACGGCACACGACCGCGCCUGGCUCCCUCUGCACCAGCGCGUUUCCCCCUCGGCCUCUGCAUGUGCAGCGUGCAUGCCCUGGUACACUCUCGCCUGCUGAGCAGCGACUCGUGAGCACCUCGGCACCGCCGCCCGCCCGCUCGCCCACCGGCAGCAUGGCCCUCCAGCGACAGCGCAUUGCGACGGACCUGUUCUGGGACGGCGAGCCCGCGCCUGCUGCCCCCGCCGGCGUCAAGGGCAAGGAGAGCGUGCGCACCCUCAGCCGGUUCGAGGCCGUCGUCACCGCCUACCCGCCCGUCCUCGAGUCGCUCCUCGCGCAGCUGCCCACGGCCGCCGUCGUCGAGCUGUACCACACCUCGCGCCACCUGCGCCUUUUCCUAGAGCGCUACCCGCUGGCCUGGAAGACGCUCUCGUUCCGGCUGCCCCAGCCCGCCGUCGCCGUCGGCUCGCCGGGCAACGAGACGCCCGACGCCCGCGAGCGCCAGUCGAAGCAGUACGCCUUCGACGCCCUGCUGCGCCAGAUCAUCGCGCCCCACGGCACCCGCAUCACCAACCUCGACCUCUGCAACACGGCCGUCAACGGCGUCGCCCUGGUGGCCAGCGUGCUCGCGCCGCACCUGCACACCCUGCGCCACCUCUCUGUCCGCGGCUGCAAGAACGUCUCCAUCAAGUACCACAUUGUGCCGUUCCUGGAGCCCUACACGCUGCGCGACGCCCCGUGGCUGCGCACCCAGCUCGCCCUCACCAGCCUCUACACGUACCGCUGCCGCCACCACCGCCGGCGGCCCUAUCUCCCGGCCUCGCUCGUGCGCCGCGACUCGGACUCGGACCCCACGCACCAGCUGAUUGACAUCUGCCACCAGCUGCGCAUAUGGACAGACACGGCCUGGUGUCCGUCGCCGGGCGGGCGGUGCUAUCGCAGGAAAGACUACCACGCCGGACGCGCCGCCCCGCAGAACAUGGAGGUCUGGGUGCCCUUUGACCGCCUCUGGCGCUCGAGCAACCGCAUAGGGCCGCUCGAGGGCACGAAGAGGCUGGGCGAGCACGAUGGGAGGCUGUGGGAGAUCGCCGAGGAGGGCCAAGACGGCGAGCCCCUGGGGACAGAGAACGGUCCCUUUGCCGGAGAGGGCAAGCACGUGCCGGCGCACGCCAGGAAGAGCCACACGACCUUUGUGGAAAACGUCAAGUGCUCGCAGUGCGAUGACGUCAUCCUGGAGCGCUGCGAGUCGUGCAGCGUUCGCAUGCACUGCAUGGGCUGCCGCAAGACGCUCUGCGCAAGCUGCGCCUUCAACCGCCCGAUUCCACGAAAGCGCGCCAGGACACGGCACUUUGCGAGCUUGGCGUUUGGGACGAGCAUGGGCGCCCUUGGCCACGCGUCUGGCUCGACUGCCUCGCUGCAGGACAGGAAGCAGGAAGCGAAGGCUGAGAAGAAUCGCUUCUGGUGGGCACCUGGCGCGACGCGAUCACCGAACCUCAUGAGCGAGAGCGCUCACGACGACGACUCCUCCGACUCUGAAGACACGCUCAACAACGGCCUUCCUGGGCCGCCCGCGCACCGAGACCCACCCAAGCUGAACAUGCACUGGUGCUGUCUGGAGCCCAUCUUCUCUGGAGGCGGUGGCAUCGCCGUGCUGGGCACUGGGCUCGGCGGGAGAGGCGCUGAUAAGAUCCGUGCCGCUCCUCUACCGCGCUGCAAGCAGUACGAAGACCCCGACUUCUCGAAUCAGCUCCGGCCCGUCGAUUACAUUCGCGAGCUCAAGAACAACGGCCUGUACGAGUACGUCCUGGGCGAAGACGUCGACAUCCUAAACUACUUGAAGCAAGAGAGCCUAGAGCUGCAGCAGCAGACAUGUCCCCGAGGGCUGUGCACUGAUUGCUACCGCAGCUUCAGGUGGAAGGUGUCUUGUCGAGCCUGCAAGAAUCCCAUCUGCAAGGAGCAUGACUUUGGCGCGCUGAAGGUCCGCAAGUGUGGAUAUAGGGACUUGCACACAGAGCGCGACCACGUCAGGGCACAUACAGAACCGCCGCAGCGACUCGUGAUCCCCGACUUCAAUCCACACAGGACUGGUGAGGAUCUGGAGCGCACGCCGACUGCUUCGUCACAACUAGACGCGGUAUCGACUGCUGAUAACGAGUCGGAGUCUUCCGAGGGCACGCCCAUGUCGCAGUCACAGGUCCUCAUGGCGCCUGUAGGAGCCACCGAGAUGGGCACAUUCAACCCGCUCACAACCCCUGAUCCCUUUAUAUUAACAAGUUCGCUGUCGUUCGUUCCCGUCAGCUCAUCUCGACCGCGCUCGCUCAGCGCCUCUGGCGUCCGCAGCCGCAACUCAGUGUCGUGGUCCAAUCCACCGCGCGGCGCUCCACCAACGUCGAUAUCGAAUCCUCUUCCACUACCAUGCCACUCACGAAACCACCCCGUGCAGUGGGAAGGCUGCGGCGCCUACUUCUGCCAGUACCCGCGCCCAGUCGGCGACAACAGACCGCAAUGUCCAGCACUCCUGAAAGAAUGCUCGGAGUGCGCGGUCCUUGUCUGCGACGCAUGCUCGACUCUCAACCCGUCCUGCACAUGCACCUUCUGCACUGUCAACUUCCACUGCCCGACCUGCACUCGCAAACCGCACGUCCGACAGAAAUGCCGUCUGGACGCCGAGCUCAAAGCCAAGAAAGACGCCGAGCAGCGCGCAAAAGCCAAGCUCGAGCGCGACCGCCUCGAGCGCGGGCAAGCCGACGAGCUGGCAGGCGCGAUGAACGAGUUCUUCUCGGCGCUGUACGAGUCGGACGCGCCCCCCGACCCGUCUGCGGGGUACACGACGAGUGCUUUCGCGGACCUGCCGCUCAGCAGCCCGGACAGCAUCACGGUCACGACCGAGUUCGGCGUCCUCGAGGAGACGGGCAACGUGACCAUCAUCUCGGCAGGGGGCACGGCGCAUCCCUACGACGACGCCGACGCCGACGCCGUGCUCCCCGAGCAGGACAACUACGUCAUCCACACCGAAGACACGGCUGCGCCGCUCCCCGUCGCCCUCGCUCCGGAUUGGGCCAACGCCGGUGCCCUUCAGGGCCUACAGCAUGGCCAUCUGUGGCUCCUGCCGCACCAGAUGCACAGCCUGUACAGCGUCGGUCUGGGGAAUUCCUCCACGUCGCCUGCGGUGUUGCAGCAUGGGGGCGCGCUGGUGCUGGGUGAUGCGCACGCGGAUGCGGACACAGAUGCGGAUACAGAUGCGCAUGCGCAUGCGCAUGUGGAAGCGCAUGGGGAAGAUGUAGACACGGACGCGUCGGCACCGCUCGCGCUUGUCGCUGGCGCGCUGGACUGAGGCGGUCCGUUUGCGUGACCUGCGGCUGGGCGUUCUUCGUCGUGUGAGUGUGUGUGUGUGUGUUUGUAAAGGUGGGGGGGAUUUAGUUUUGGGGAUGGUUUAAUGGUAUAAGUAUGGUAUGGCAUAAAUAGCACGGCAUGGCAUGGUAUGGUACGGUAUGGUUGGGCAUAGUAUGGCAUAGCACGACACGGUAACUAGCAUGGCAGGAAAGGGCGUUUGGUUUCAGCAGGGCAUUUAUGGCGUUGAGUGUAGAAUUCAUCUCGGUUCCAUCUCAU